CACUGGCCUAAUUAUAAAAGCUAAAAAGCCAACAGUAUAGAUAUGGGUGCCUAUGGGUCCAAGCAGCUACUGGAAGACAUGGAAAGGCUGCAUAGCAACGACCCCACUCUUACAGCCCUAAACUACGAGCACAGCGGCCUGGGGGAUGAUGCGGCGAAGCAAUUGGCAAAGGCCCUAGUCGGCAACCACGUUCUGCGGAGACUACGGCUGGGAGGCUGCAACCUGACCUCCAGCGGUAUACACAGUGUGUGCAGGUCCCUGUGUGAUAAUAGAGUGGUACCUGCUCGCAUUAGAAAGCUGGAAUUGGGUACUAGCUCUACUGAUAGCCACUCUCUGCCUGUGGGCAACCCUCUGGGGGACAAUGGAGCAAGGAGUCUAGCUCUGCUAUUGGAACAGUGCAGCUCCCUCCGUCACCUCACUCUCUCCUCAUGUAACAUCGGGGACGAGGGGACAGUCAUAUUAGCGGGGGCACUGCGGAAAAACCACACCCUCACGACCCUUGACCUCGGCCAUAACUCAAUCAGUGAUUUAGGAGUGGAGCAGAUUGGGAACGCUCUCGCAAUCAACUCAUCUUUAAAGGGACUCUCGUUGUGGAAGAACAGGUUGUUUCAUUCUGGAGCAGAGGCUUUGGCGCAUGCACUGGCUACCAAUACCACUCUGCAGUGGUUAGGGCUCGGCUGUAAUCACGUUGGUGAUGAAGGGGUUAAAGCUCUGGCUAUAGCACUACUCUCCAAUGCUCAGUACUCUAGUCUCACUUGGCUGGGUCUAGGGGGUAACGAGAUAUCCGACAGGGGGGUGGAGCAUAUUGCCGUGGCAAUCAUGGCUCAGCGGAACCAUGCAGCUGAUGAAACUGAUGGAAUCGAUGGCGAAACCUCAAGUCAGGCAAGUUUAACUGAGCAGAUUCGUGGUGGUGGUUUACGUCCGAUGCUUGAGCUAGGAGUCACCCCGUCCCACGUCAGCAUUGCCGUGGGUGAUGACGAGAUAUCGGAGGAGACCCCCGACUCUGCCGGUUGUGAUGAUGAUGUUGAGAGGAGCACUCAUUGCAUACCUCUGGAGAGUAUAGGAUUGGGAGGCAAUCAGAUCACAUGUGCUGGUGCCACCAUGUUGGCUAGCGGACUGAAGACUAAUACACGAUUGCUCAGUCUUGGUUUAGCGGACAACAGGAUUGGAGACAGUGGAGCCACUGCACUGGCCGAGUUGCUAAGAUACACGGACACGCUCCAGAAGCUGAUCCUCUCUGGUAAUGAUAUUCACGACGAUGGCGGGAGCACUUUAAUAGCUUCCCUGUCCCAGAACACCUCCCUCACAUCACUCUAUCUGGCAGAGAACCCGCUCGGAGAUGGUGUGGGCGUGAGGUGUGAGGAGGUGAUCGGGAAGCACAAUCAUUCCCUGAGGGUAUUGGACCUCCAUGAUACACGACUGUCCUCUCCUGCACUCACUAGUUUAUUUGAGAUGAUGCAGAAACAAGGGGUGUUACAAUCACUCGGACUGAGGGGAAUCCCCCAUUCUGUAGCCCCGCCCACUCAAAACAUGAUGGAAGGAACGACAGCUCCGCCCACACUCUACAGACAGAACAUUGUCUCUACCACCGUAGCUCCGUCACAGAGACACACCACCCUGGAGGCACUAGGUUCCCUCCCCUUACCUGACGAGAGUGCACAGACGAUGGUGGUCACUCAGGCGCACAGUCGCACGCGCAGAGGGUCCAUCUCACAAUAUAUAAAGAAAAAACUAUCGAAGAGCUCCAGUCACAGUAGAGGCUUCCGGGUGCCAGAGGACACACCUAGCUCACAUAACCAUCACAGGACAAAUCACCGAUCGACACAGCCUAUUGAACUACUACCGUUGACGGAAGAAGACCCCACUUCUUUUCCCGACGGCCCUAGUCACAUGACCUAUACUGAGAGCAAAAUGGGCAGUGCUGGUCCAUCCCCAAAUAAGGAAGGAGUCAACAAAGGAGAGAUUAGAAGAGCAUCCAGUCGAUUAAGCCGAGAGCAAAUGGAGUAUGAAGGGCCACACCCACAGCCACACCCCACUGGCACCAUGCAUCGCUCUGAGACAGUGGAGCGUAUCGCAGGUAUCACCAACCGUGACACCAUCCUAACAUCCCCUGAGCAUGGGGAGAUGAAGCCAGUCAAGGAACAAUGGGUGACGGCACUACGAAUGAGAGUGGGGAUGCUCAAAAUGGGUGGGUUCCUACACAGCGGCUUCAACGCCCUCCAAACAGCUGAGUCAGCAAACGAGCGGCCGAUAGCAGCCACCCUCCCCAGCAACCUGAGCAAGAACAGGAUAUCCGCCCCCUCACCCCCGGACUCUACCAGAGUCAGACUACAGCUGGUGAUGGAAGAGCUGGGAUCAGACUACAUCAAUGCUAGUUUUGUUGGUUCGCCCGGCCAUCCCAAGAGUUACAUAGUAACGCAAUCCCCGACAGUGGACACGGUGGGGGACAUGUGGCGUAUGGUGUGGGAGCAGCGUGUGUGUGUAAUAGUUGUGCUCACGUGUGAGGGGGAGGUGGUCCAGUGGUGGCCGGAGGAGGGGACAAGGCAGACCCACCCCCUCGUUGUGGGUAGAGAAUGGACACAAGGUCCGCUCAAUGUCACUACCACAAGCGAGAGUGUCUCCAUGACGAACCCUGACCUCCUAGUACGGUCAUGUGACCUGCACAGCUCGGCAGAUAACGAGCGAGAGACAGUUACCAUGUACCACUAUACGGCAUGGCCACAAAACUCCGCCCCUUCCUCUGUGGGACAUGUAGCCGACAUGUAUCACAACAUGCUCAAAUCAAGACUGCAGCAAACAGUCAGCUCUCCUGUGUUGGUGGUGAGUGCUAUGGGAGGAGGGAGGUCUGGUUGCUUUGCUGCCGUGGCGAUUGCUCAUGAGCUCAUGGUAUCACCUGACCCGAACCCUCCAGUCUGGGACUACCAGGACCCGAAUAUACUGGAUCAGGUAAUUCGUGGUAUUCGGAUGUGUCGACCUGGACUGGUGGAGACUGCUCAUCAGUACGAGGCUUGUCACCUGAUAUUAGAGGGGGUGCUCUCUGGCCCCCCACGAGGGGGCAAGGGGGGUAAAAACAAGAAAGGGGAGGGACGGAAAUGGAACCCUUUUAGGAAGAAAUCUCUGGGUAAUAAAGAACGACUAGUUGAAGAGGUGGACCUUGAUGACACACUACUAUUCUAGUAACACUAACACUCCAUUAAUUCUUAAUAGCCAUUUUUAUCCCAUGUAUGAUAUUUGCAGAAUCUCCAUAUGCUGCGCAUACUAAAUAAAAUGAAAUUUUGAGUAUUGCCACGGAAACAA